AUGCAACACACCUUACUCUCCUUCACUCCUCCUUUCUCACUUAAUGUCCGUUUUCUCGUCUUAUCUAUAUAUUUAUCUAUCCGUUCAUUAUCUAUCUAUUUUUCUGUUCAUUACCUAUCUAUUUAUCUAUCUGUUCAUUAUCUAUUUUUCUGUUCAUUACCUAUCUAUCUAUCUUUCUAUCUCAGUCUGUUAAUAUCUAUCUAUCUGUUCAUUAUCUAUUUUUCUGUUCAUUAUCCAUCUAUCUAUCUAUAUAUCUACCUCAGUCUGUUCAUUAUCUAUCUAUCUAUCUAUCUAUCUCAUUCAUUGACUCUAUAUGCUAUCCUUAUUUCUGUUCAUUAUCCAUCUAUCUAUCUAUAUAUCUAUCUCAGUCUGUUCAUUAUCUAUCUAUCUAUCUAUCUAUCUGUUCAUUAUCUAUCUAUCUAUCUAUCUAUCUAUCUAUCUAUCUGUUCAUUUAUUUGUCUAUCUAUCUAUCUGUUCAUUAUCUAUUUUUCUGUUCAUUACCUAUCUAUCUAUCUAUCUAUCUAUCUAUCUAUCUGUUCAUUAUCUAUCUAUCUGUUCAUUAUCUAUUUUUGUGUUCAUUACCUAUUUUUCUGUUCAUUAUCUUUCAUCUAUCUAUCUAUCUAUAUAUCUCAGUCUGUUCGUUAUCUAUCUAUCUAUCUGUUCAUUUUUGUCUAUCUAUCUAUGUUCACCAUCUAUUUUUCUGUUCGUUACCUAUCUAUCUAUCUAUCUAUCUAUCUAUCUAUCUAUCUAUCUCAGUCUGUUAAUAUCUAUCUAUCUAUCUGUUCAUUAUCUAUUUUUCUUUUCAUUAUCUAUCUAUCUAUCUAUCUAUCUAUCUAUCUAUCUAUCUAUCUAUCUAUCUCAUUCAUUGACUCUAUAUGCUAUCCUUAUUUCUUUUCGCCUUUCUUAUCUUCGCCUUUUCCUGAAUCUUCUAUUCUUAUUUUUUCUUUUUUCCACUUUUCCUCGCCUUUUUCAUCAACUAACCAAGUUACAACAGUUUAUCUCAUCCUUGUCGCCAAACUCUUGAAUAUAUUCUCCCUCACAACACUUUGUUACAAUAAUGUUUCACUUUCUUUUUCAUCCGAUCAUCUACCCCCUUUCUUUCUUUCUUUCUUUCUUUCUUUCUUUCUUUCUUUCUUUCUUUCUUACAAUAGUUUUAGACGGUUUUCCCUUCUUUCGUUACUGUCUUUCUUUGUUUGA